AUGCCUUUGCUUGCAGAUGGUCCUGUUCGCGUUGCGGUCCUGUACCAAGCGCUGGAGCCUCCGAUCAUCAAUGGGGAGAAGAAGCCGAUGAAGCCUGGUGGCUACCAAGACUCAGGUGCCGACAUUGCCUUUGCCCUUCAGGGCAGCGAGGGCAUUGACGUGGUGACGCCCCGUGACGAUCCAGAUCCGGCUGACCAUCACGGUUGGGCCUUUCCGGACACGGAAGAGGGCAUCCUGGAGGCACUGAGCCGAGGAGCAACGCACGUGUGGGCCAACACGGUGCUGUUUGCAUCGCACCCUCUGCAGACAUCGGCGGCCAUCGGGGCGUACCAGGACCGCGUCCGGGUAAUCGGUCAGGGCCCGCUAGCCGUCGAGCGCUACGAUGACAAGGACUACAUCAACAGGCUGCUGCGCGGCCUCGGCGGCUUCACGCUGCCGCGCUCGUGGUCGUUGUCGGCUACGACAGACCCAGCAGCCGUGCACGAGCUGCCGGGCAUCGCCUAUUCCGUUGUGGGUAAGCCAGCGCGCGGCCGUGGCAGCUAUGGCGUCAAGGUGUGCCACACGGCCGACGAGCUGCAGGACCACGUGCGCGAACUGCAGAGCGAGACCAUGCAUGUUCUCAUCGAGCAGUUCCUCGCCGGCGAGGAGGUCACGGUGACGGUCAUGCCGCCCGCGGUCGCCGGCAAGACUGACUAUUGGGCACUGCCCGUGGUCACCCGGUUCGACCAUGAAGACGGCAUCGCGCCCUCCAACGGGUCUGUGGCCGUGUCGACCAACUCGCGCGCCGUUUCCGACAGCGACAAGGAUCCGCUCUACCGCGCGCUCAUGCGCGAGUGCGAGGCCGUUGCUCGUGCCUUGGGCACCACUGCACCCAUCCGCGUGGAUGCCCGUCGUCAUCGUGAUGCUGCCUCGUCCAAGUUUGCCCUCUUGGACGUCAACACAAAGCCGAAUAUGACAGGCCCCGGGCGUCCUGGUAGAGAUGACCAGGCCUGCCUCACGCUCCUGGCUGCCGAAGCCCUCGGAUGGGAGUAUAGAGAGCUUCUGGAGCGGAUCCUUCGCACGGCCAGUGUUCUGCGCGAUCUCAGACAGGUUGUGCCCAAGUAG